GAGAACAGAUUCCUUCCUCACAACGUGGUUGCUGAGUCCGAGGUGCUGCUAGCAGUUAUAACUGGUACUUUUCCCGUUUGUGAGGAUGAAGCGCUAAGUAGCACCCGGUCUGAGCACGGCUCAGAGUACCAUGCGGCUGCAGGCUAAGCCGAGAAGUCAGAUCUAGAGCCGUAGCUGCUGCUUCUUCGUUUUUACAUCCUCCAAACUGUAAGAGGACACAGCGACAAAUCCGGGGGGCGGACCUCUACCUGGAGGUAGAGCCAAAGAGCGGGUGGAUGGCAGCCAUGAAUGAAUGGAUGAAGAAAGGUCCCUUAGAAUGGCAAGAUUACAUUUACAAGGAAGUCAGAGUGACAGCAAGUGAGAAGGAGUAUAAAGGAUGGGUUUUAACCACGGACCCAGUCUCUGCCAAUAUCGUCCUCGUGAACUUCCUUGAAGAUGGCAGCAUGUCUGUGACCGGCAUUAUGGGACAUGCUGUGCAGACUGUUGAAACUGUGAAUGAAGGGGACCAUAGGGUAAGAGAGAAGCUGAUGCAUUUGUUCCUGUCUGGAGACUGCAAGGCAUACAGUCCUGAGGAUCUGGAAAAGAGAAAGAACAACCUAAAGAAAUGGCUUGAGAAGAACCACAUCCCUGUCACUGAACAGGGAGAUUCAUCAAGAGCUCUCUGUGUGGCUGGGGUCCUGACUAUAGACCCACCAUAUGGUGCAGAAAACUGCAGCAGUUCUAAUGAGAUUAUCCUGUCCCGUGUUCAGGAUCUUAUUCAAGGAUAUCUUACAGCUUCCCAGUGAGAGGCCAAGAAUUAUGGACACACUGAUCUGAGACUUCCUUUUUUUUCCUUCGUAAAAUGUUUUGAAUGUUAAGGCCAUCAUAAUACAGGACUUUAAAGGCACACAC